AUGACUAAGCAUGUACCACGUGACCUACGGGAAACGCUCAACUCCAACCUCGAAAUUGUUUCGGAGAGCCAACUCGACCAAGCACCCCCGAGACGCCGCCCAAGAUGGCCAAGAAAGGUAUGUGGGACGAAUAAACUCGAACUUUCAAUCGCACGAUGCACCCGCCCCUCCGCCCCUCAAUUGGGACGCGAAACGGGGCGAUGGGCAGCGAAAACCGAGAACCCCCGGAUUCAUUUGCGGCCGAGGGCUAACAUUGUCUUUUUCCCCAACACAGCGAAGUCCCGUACCAUUGCCGUCCGGCUGAUCUCCAUGGCCAUGACGGGUUAUUACCGCACGAUGAUCCGGCCCCGUGUACACCGUCCUCUGAGCAUGAUGAAGUACGACCCUGUCGUUAAGAAGCAGGUGCUUUUCCUUGAGGCGACCAAGGGUGGAAAGAACAAAUAA